AUGCGCCUACAAGCCCUAUCCAUCCCCCUCCUCCUCUCUCUUCUUUCUUCUUCAACGGCCUACACCCAGAUUUCCGAUGACCUCCUCAAAACACUAAUCCCGAACCCCUCCGACACCGACUUCGACCUCUCCCCCUCCAACGCUGACUCCCUUCUCGGCCCCCUCCUCAUCACCCGCGUCCCGGGGACACCAGGUCAACGCGCAGCACAAGAACAUUUCACUCGCUUUGCGACAAAACAUAUACCAGAAUGGAAGCUUUCAUGGCAAAACUCUAGCUCGCCCACGCCGUUGAGUAAAGGAAACCCGGUGCCAUUCCAUAAUAUUAUAUUACGAAGAGAGCCGCCAUGGGCGAGGAAACGCGGAGAAGGGAAUGUAGGGUUGUUGACGUUGGCGGCGCAUUAUGAUAGCAAGAUGAUACAAGGAGGGGAUUUCAUCGGGGCUACGGAUAGCGCAGCGCCGUGUGCGGUUCUAAUGUGGGUUGCGAGGGAGUUGGAAAAGGUGUUGGGGCGGUUGUGGGGGGAUGGGGAGGAUGGGACAGGGGAGGGUGUGCAGAUACUGUUGUUAGAUGGGGAGGAGGCGUUUGUGAGUUGGACGGAUACGGAUAGUUUGUAUGGGUCGAGAGCCCUCGCUGCAGCGUGGGAAAACACAACCUACCCAGCCCUUUCAACCUUCCGCAACCCCCUGCGCCAAAUAAGCCUCUUCGUACUCCUCGAUCUACUCGGCUCGCCCAACCCGAACGUACCCUCAUACUUUCAGACUACGCACUGGGCCUAUCAGCGCAUGGCGACGCUUGAAGGCCGGCUGCGUGGGCUGGGCUUGCUCGAAAGCAAACCGAUGCAUCCCUUCCUCCCAGAUGGCGCGAAGAUGGCGACCGAGUUUACACGUGCCUUUAUCGGGGAUGAUCAUGAGCCGUUUAUGAAGCGCGGAGCACCCGUGCUCCAUCUCAUUCCCUCGCCUUUUCCGGAGGUGUGGCAUCGGCUUGAGGAUGAUGGGGCACAUUUGGAUAUGGCGACAGUCAGGGACUGGGCGAGAAUCACGCUCGCGUUUGUGUUGGAGUGGUUGGAUGCUGGGAAGUUGGAGAAGAUCCAGACAUAG